AUAUAAUUAGUUGAAAUUUUUAAAAGAUGUAUUAUUAUUAGUAUCUUACAUGUAAUAAAUGGUAUGAGUUACGUGACCAAAUUAUCGUCACUUAUGUCAUUACAAAUCAAACGAAAUAAAUUUGCAAGGUUGUUUUAUGCAGUGCAUCAUAAUGAAAACCGAGGUCUUUUCUACGUAAAAUUGGAUGACAAUUCAAGAGCAGUAUUACAAUACAAAGCUGAGAGGAAGGUUUUAGACAUGCAAGUGAUAAGUGUACCCUAUAGAUAUACAGGAAGAGGUUUAGCUCGCUUGCUUACAGAGACUGCAUUUACAUAUGUUAUUGUGAAUUAUUUAUAUAUGUACUUGACAUGUGAGUACAUGCAGAAGUAUUAUCUUGCAAUUAAGAAUCCAGCUCUUGAAGAAUAUAUUGUUGGACCACCGCAUAUUUUAGAAGGACCUGAUUCAGAACCUUUAGACCCUGACAUUAUAUAUGAAUUACCUGAUCCAGAAGAUUUUUUGAUAUAUUCUUCUUAA